UGCUUUCUUAGGGUCUUGCAUCUAGAUACCAUGCUUAUGUGUAAUCCCACAAAGCCACUUCCACCAGGUCCAAAACCAUGGCCAGUUAUAGGAAACCUCCCACACAUGGGCACAAAACCACACCAUUCACUUGCAGCCAUGGCCAAGACUUAUGGUCCAUUGAUGCAUCUCCGACUUGGCUUUGUGCAUGUGGUGGUAGCAGCCUCGGCAUCCGUAGCUGCACAGUUCUUGAAAACCCACGACGCCAAUUUUUCCAGCCGACCGCCAAACUCUGGUGCCAAGCAUAUGGCUUACAACUAUCAAGAUCUUGUUUUUGCACCUUAUGGUCCCCGGUGGAGGUUGCUUAGGAAAAUUUGCUCCGUCCACCUUUUCUCUGCUAAGGCUUUGGACGACUUCCACUUUGUCCGAGAGGAAGAGGUGGCAAUUCUCACGCGCGCUUUAUUAGCAAGUGUAGGAAAGGAUUCAGUAAAUCUGGGUCAAUUGUUGAAUGUGUGCACCACGAAUGCCCUAGGGCGAGUGAUGCUUGGCAGGAGAGUUUUUAGUGACGGAGAUCCAAAAGCCGACGAAUUUAAAUCAAUGGUGGUUGAGAUGAUGGUGCUAGCAGGUGUAUUCAACUUAGGUGACUUUGUCCCAGCUCUUGAUUGGUUAGAUUUGCAAGGAGUUGCUGCGAAGAUGAAGAAACUACACGCGCGUUUCGACACGUUCUUGAACACAAUCCUUGAAGAGCACAAGAUCAACGGCUCUAGUCGAAAUGAAGAACGCGUGGACUUGCUGAGUACGUUGAUCUCGCUUAAAGAUAAUGCCGAUGGAGAGGGAGGUCCCCUAUCGGAUACGGAAAUCAAAGCCUUGCUUUUGAACUUGUUUGUGGCAGGGACAGACACAUCUUCCAGCACUGUGGAAUGGGCCAUUGCAGAACUGACUCACAAUCCAAAACUAUUGGCUCAAGCCCAAGAAGAACUUGACACAGUUGUAGGAUCAAAUCGGCUUGUAACAGAAGCUGAUCUCCCUCGAUUAACCUUCCUCCAAGCCAUCGUUAAGGAGACAUUCAGGCUCCACCCAUCCACCCCACUGUCUCUACCAAGAAUAGCAGCCGAGAAUUGUGAAAUCAAUGGAUACUUCAUUCCUAAAGAUUCGACACUUCUGGUUAAUGUCUGGGCAAUAGCUCGGGAUCCAGAUAUGUGGGCUGAUCCACUAGAGUUCAGACCUGGACGAUUUUUACCGGGUGGAGAAAAGCCCAAUGUUGAUGUCAGAGGUAAUGAUUUUGAAGUCAUACCAUUUGGCGCUGGACGUAGAAUUUGCGCUGGAAUGAGUUUGGGCCUUCGUAUGGUUCAGUUAUUGACUGCAAGCUUAAUUCAUGGAUUUAAUUGGGAUUUGCCCAAUGGACAAGUUGCAGAGAAGCUCAAUAUGGAGGAAGCAUAUGGGCUCACCUUACAGAGAGCCUCCCCCUUAAUGGUCCACCCAACGCCUAGGCUCAAACCCCAUUCGUACAUAAUGUAA